ACCUUUAUUUUGAAAAAGGACCCAAAGAAAUCCGGAAGUGCAACUGUAGUUGACUUCAACAAAUGAUCCCGGGCUCGGUUAUUGGUUAAGAGUAUAGCUUGAGCGAAAGAAAUUAAACAAAGCCAUGUCUUCUGACCCUCUCAAAAAGCGCAAGACCAAAGUGAUCCGGAGUGAUGGAGGCACACCUGAGCCUAAAAGGGUUCGAGGAGAAGGAGACCAGGAUGUGCGUACAUAUAACGAAGAAGUGGAACUGGAGAGUCGAGACCCUGAACAGGAUUACACCCUGUAUAAAAACACCUGUGAGGCGCUGGCUACACUAAUGGGUGAAAUCCAAGAACUGAAAGCCAGUGGAGCUAAAGAAGGGAGUGUAGAGGUUGAAGCAAAACGCAGGCAAGGAUGUGUUCACUUCAUCACUCUGAAGAAGCUGAAUCGUCUGUCACACAUGAGGCUGAAGAAAGCACGGGAUCAGACACACGAGGCAAAGCAGAAAGUGGACGUGUUGCACCUACAGCUUCAGAAUCUUCUCUAUGAAGUCAUGCAUCUUCAGAAAGAAAUCGGGAAAUGCCUCGAGUUCAAGUCCCAGCAUGAAGAGAUUGAGUUAGUCAGUGUGGAUGAGUUCUUUAAGGAGGCUCCAGCUGAAAUCUCCCGCCCUCAUCUCACCAGAGACGACCCUCACCAGCUCACGCUCGCUCGGCUGGACUGGGAACUGGAGCAGAGGAAGAGGUUGGCUGAGCAGUACAAGAGCUCGUUGUGCACUAAGGAAAAGAUCUUGAAAGGAAUUGAGUUGAAGAAGGAGUACCUGAGCAGUCUUCAGCCAGGCCUGCAGGCCAUCAUGCAGGCGUCUCUGCCCGUGCAGGAGUACUUGUCCAUGCCAUUUGAGCGUGUGCAGAAACAGGCUGAGGUUGCACGGCACCUUCCUCCUCCUCUGUAUGUGCUGCUUGUGCAGGCCAAUGCUUAUGGACAAGCCUGUGACAAGAAUCUGUCUGUGUCUAUUAGCGGAGAUGUGGAUGAAGCCAAGGCUCUUUCCAGACCACCCGAGGAUUCUCAAGAUGAUGAGAGUGAUUCUGAUGCAGAGGAAGAACAACAGAACACUAAACGACGGCGAGGUACUGUUGGCGUUCAGCUUGAUGACAAGCGUAAAGAAAUGCUGAAACGGCAUCCUCUCUCACUGUGCAUCGACCUCAAGUGUAAAGAUGGCAGUGUGUUGCAUCUGUUUUUUUAUUACCUGAUGAACCUCAACAUUCUCACUGUGAAAGCAAAAGUUUCGGCCUCCGCAGACCUCUCAGGAGCCAUCAGUGCAGGGGAGCUGCUGAACCCAGAAUCUCUGUUGAACUGCCUGUACGCCAAUGAUGAUGGCCAAGAAACCCCCAACCCUACCAACCGCUACCAGUUUGACAAAGUGGGCAUCACAACUUUUGCUGAUUAUGUGACUGACCUUGGACAUCCAUACAUCUGGGUGCAGAAUUUUGGAGGAUUACAAUUUUCUAGUGACACACCGCAGGUGGAAGUGGUACGCAGUUCUCUCAGUGCCAGUCAUAUGGAGAGCACCGUGAAGCUGCUGAGAGGACGCCUGCUGUCUCGCCUGGCUUUGCACAAACAGUUCAGCUCUCUAGAGCACAGCAUAGUUCCUGUCUCCACCGAAUGCCAGCAUCUCUUCCCAGCUAAAGUGGUCUCUCGCCUGGCUCGCUGGACUAUGAUGAGCUGCCAGGACUUCCUGGAGUUAAGCUUUGUGCAGCAUGUGGUGAAGGCUGGUCUGGCGCGGGAGACUGACCUGUUCUUCAUGGCAGUAGUGGAGAGGGGAACAGCUCGUCUUCAGGCUGCGGUGGUGUUGAAUCCUCGCUAUCCAGAGAUCACCCCUCUCUUCUCACUUUCACUGCUCUGGAAAGGAGAGCGCAGUGGCCGCACAGAUGAUAACCUGCGGGCGUUGGAGAGCGAGGUGAAUGUGUUUAGGUCUGAACUCCAGGGACCCCGACCAGGCCUACAGCUACUGACCAACCAGAUCCAGCGUCUAUGCAUGUGUCUGGAUGUUUAUCUGGAGACCGAAAGCCAAGUGUGUGACGGCUCAGAGGGCCCAAGAGAAUUCCCAAGGGAGAAGAUGUGCUUACGCUCUGCCAGGGGACCUAAUCGUCUGAAGCCUUUUAAGUACAACCACCCUCAGGGCUUUUUCAGUCAUCGUUAAAUCUCUGUUUUUCCUCUUCUCUACAUUUUUCCUUCGUUUUUACAGCUUGAUUAAAUUUUCAAGUGUUUGAUUCUAUAUUGUAAUGUUUCACUGUGUAGAAUAAGAAAUAAAACACUUUGUGAUACA